GUAUGAACCGCCCCAAAACUUUCCAUCCUCCAUCACAGCUCCUUAAUAGCUACAAGUGGUCGAAGUCACUGCAAUCAACUAACCUCAUUUCGAAUAAAGAAAAUGUUGGGAUCUUUUAAAGCCGCACAUUUGAUUGUUUUCUACGCCCUUUACUUUUCAGUAACGGUUGAAGCACAGACUUCGCCUCCAGUUUCUACUCCAUGUAGUCUGAAGUCCAACUCAAAUUGUGCCGAAUGCCUGAAGAAUGUGACGUGUCUGUGGUGCAUGACAACAAAAAAAUGUGUCGAGUACCCAGUGAGGACCGUCCUGCCCCCUCGGAGUGUCUGUCCGCUGCCUGAUGCACGUUGGGGCCUCUGCUGGAUGAACUUUCAGGCCCUGAUCAUCACCAUAUCAGUGAUUGUGGGGCUGAUCAUCGUUAGCAUUCUGGUUGGCUGCUUCUGCUGCAGGUGUGAGCGGUCUGGGAGGAGGAAGAAGGAGGAUGCAAGGGAGGAGGCAGAGAGGGAAGCUAGCGCUAGGAAGGCUCGCCAGGAGGAGAGGAAAACAGAGAUGCAGAUGAGACAUGACGAAAUCAGACAGAAAUAUGGUCUGGCCAAGGAAAACCCUUACUCCCGAUUUGAAGAUAACUAAGGAUGAUGGAUGGAAAUGUCUGCUUUUAAUCAUUCCAUGGAUGCCAGUUAUGAGAAUAUGUUAAUUUCAUUUUAAUGUGGGAGACUAUGGAAGUUCUUUUUAGAAUGUAUUGGUAAUGUUCUUUUACCAUUCCACAAAGUUGACCUCUUAUUGUGAGUGGGAAGAUGGGUUGUAAUCUGAGGAGUUCAAUUUCAAAACAUGUUCUAUAGGUUAUUUCCCAGUGAAUGCAAUAGUGUUAUCCAUUUUGUUCUGCAUCUCUCUUGUUUGUUGUAACUGUUAGCGUUCAAAAUCGGAACCUGUGUUUAUUAGUAUUCAGUUUAUUUUGUGUGAGUCUAUUUUCUGUCUUACAAUUUAUUUCCUUUGUGGUAUUUGAUAUGAUACAGUACACAAAUGUUGCCAUAAAGUAUGCUUGCUUAUUUAAUUUACACUGGAACCUUUGCAUUAAGAUAAGAAUAGUCGUGUGUGUUGCCAAACAGAUCAAGAACACUCUUUCUUCAAGUUGUUGAAUGUGUUCAACUUUACUUUCAGUUUUGGAUGAUAAUGUUAUGAUUUCCAGGUGAUUAUGUAACAGUAUGCCCCAAUAUUUUCACAGUGCAUUGGUAUACCCAAAGUCUAACAUACAUUUUUCUGAAACAUUUCAA